GGGACGCCACUUAUUCAGGGGAAAGUCCUGCUACUGUGCCAAGAAAAACCGAAAAAUCUUUUCAAUGGUCUUUUUAUCCAGAGAGUCCCAAUCACAACGAUCAAAAUGAUACAUUUAUGAGGUAUCACAGGAACCCUUUCCUCAGAGAAUUUUUGAUUCCGUCUGGAAGAGAAAACCACAAGUCUGAGUUGUACAGAUCUCCUAAUACAGAGUCCUUAAAAUCUGUGGCAAAUUUUACCCUGGUGAUCAGUUCGCCAUUCGAUUCCAAUCAUUCUACGUUUAAAAUAACUCCUAAAGUAUCACCAUCUGUGAGCUUGCGACAACAACCUCGGAGCCUCGAAUCUUCAAAAUCAGCUACAAAAUGCAUUGAGUAUCACAACAUUGUAAAUCAUCAAGAAGGACCAAUUGCAGCAUUCCCAGGCACAGAUAUACCGUUGCCGACAUCAGGAGUAGCGGAAUCCAGUUGUUUGGUGGGUCACCUAGUUGUGGGAGGAAGAACAUCGUCAACAGAAAUAUUUCCUCAUGUUGUUGCUCUUGGGAAGCAAACUGAGGAUCACAAUUUUAUUUUUCAAUGUGGGGGGUCUUUGAUAUCUCCUAAAUGGAUUUUAACAGCGGCUCAUUGCACACAUGGCCCCGGUGGUGUGACAAUUGCUCGCCUGGGAAUCGAUCGUUUAAGCGACAAUUCAACUGGAUCGAGUAUCAGUAUAAAACGUACGAUUCGACAUCCCUCGUACAGUCCUCCUGCAAUGUACGGUGAUAUCGCUCUCUUGGAGCUCGAGGAAUCCGUCAAUUUUACAAAUCGCAUUCAACCUGCUUGUUUACACCAACAAUAUCAUCAUGGGCCACCAUCUGCUUGGGUUUGUGGCUGGGGCGCAACUGAAUAUGGAGAAGAAAAAAGCGAUACGCUGCAAGAGGCAUUCCUUGAUGUCGUGGAUAACAUCGCAUGCGCUAUAAAACAUAACAGUUCAACAAUCGCCGUUCCGGAUGGUGUCGUACCUAGCAUGAUUUGUGCUGGUUCUCCUCGUGAUAAUUGGCGAAAGGACACUUGCUAUGGAGACUCUGGUGGACCACUGCAGAUCCACCAUCCAACGCAUCCGUGUCUUUAUGAAAUCAUUGGUGUUACGAGUUUCGGAACAGGCUGUGCUUUUGCAGAUUCACCCGGUGUUUACACGAGAGUAUCGCAUUAUCUCGACUGGAUUGAGAACAUCGUGUGGCCGGAAAGUAGCUAAUUUAUGAUUAAAUACAUGGAUUUCGAUUAAAAAAAAAAGUAGUACGAAGAAUAAACGCGGUGAAUAUUUGAAUACACUAAUUCAUGCUAUGCCGAGCUCCAACCGGUUCGGUCUGUCGAGGUGUAGCAUUAACUAAAAUAUUCAACAAGUUCUUGAGCCGGCCUUCGUGAUUUGACAGUUAAAACGAGACAACUGUUUGAAAGGUAUAAAAAUCGUAUUUCUUUAUUAGAUUUUUCGUCAUGAUCGACAAUUAUGAUAACAAAUGUAUACACUCGCAGGAUAUGAGUGAACAGUAGUGCGAUGCACUAAUACGGAGAUACUUGGAAAUAUUUCAAAAUACAUUGAUUUUUGAUGUUA